UCACCUUCAAAUCUUCCACUUAGCCAACUCUUUUCAUUUCAUCUAAAUAAUAUUCAACCACCCUAUCUCCCUACCCCAAAAAGUCAUACAUCUCAUAUCACUCAAAAAUUAAUAAAAUAAACAACAUUUAUUAAUUUAUUUUACUUUUGUAAAAUGUUAAUUCCAUUCAUUCAUUAUUCAUAACAAAAAUCCAAGGAAAAGAAACAUAAAAUAAAAUUCCCUCAGAGAAAAACCAAAUGGAUGCCAUAACAGCAGCAAUUCUCAUCCUCACUCUCUCUCUCUCCUCAUUCCCUUCUCUCUCCGCCGCAGCUCCAUGCAAGCCCGAAUCAUGCCACGCCGUUCUCGGCCCGGAGAUCCGCUUCCCUUUCCGGGUACUGAACCGGCAGUCGGCUAGCUGCGGCUCGCUGGGCUUCGAGCUCCGCUGCAACCCCCAAAACCAGACGAUCCUAACCCUACCGGAAUCCGGCUCCUUCGUAGUGGACCACAUAGACUACGCGGCUCAGGCACUCUUCAUCAACGACCCGGAUUCGUGCCUGCCGGGUCGGAUCCUCAAUUUCUCCGCGUCGGGCUCGCCCUUCCGCGGCGCCUACACGAGGAGCUACACGUUCCUAAAUUGCUCCUCCGAUUUCAUGGACUACGGUUCCACGCGCUACACGCCGCUGUUUUGCCUCAGCGGGAGGAACCACACGGUUCUGGCGACGAGGUCGGAUUCGUCGGCGCCGGCGCCGGAGACGUGCCGGAGGAUUAAGAGCGUGGAGGUGCCGCUGGAGUGGACGCUGUCGCAGUUCGAGUGGGCGUCGAUGGAUUUGAGGGAGGAUCUGGAGCUGGUGUGGUACGAUCCGCUCUGCCGAGACUGUGAGAUUGGGGGCGGGAUUUGCGGAUUCAAGGACGAUCGCCCGGGCUCUCGAGUUGCUUGCUUCCGCCGCUCUAGAUCAGCUCUUCCAAGAAGUGCAAAAUAUGGCAUCAUAAUUGGAGUUGGAAUACCUGGACUAGUAUGUCUCAUCGGCCUCACAUGCUAUGCCUGCGGCAUGAUUCGGGCUGCCAACCUCCGGCGCCGCCUCAACCCCGACCUCCCGGUGACAAUCUCCGACCAAAGGCCGGUGAUUAGGUCGGUGAGCGGCCUUGACGCACCCACCAUAGAGUCGUAUCCGACGACGGUGCUAGGGGAAAGCCGUAGGCUCCCAAAAGUGAACGAUGUUUGCUGCCCAAUUUGCUUAUCCGAUUACCAACCGAAAGAGACUCUAAGAAGCAUUCCGGAAUGCAACCACUAUUUUCAUGCAAAUUGUAUAGAUGAGUGGCUUAAGCUCAACGGCUCGUGCCCUUUGUGUAGGAAUUCGCCGGUGAGCUCUACGGCCACCCCUUGUUUCUCGUUGUCUGUAUCGUCUUUGAGUUCGUCGCCAUCAACGUCUGAUAGUCGUUAGAAUCUUGUCUUGCUUUAAUUUCUCAAUCCAGUCAUUUUUGUGUACAUAAUAGAUAUGAAAUCUUUUAUGAGAAAAAAUAGAUUAACUCUUGAUACUCU